AUGGUUUCUGUCGAAGACGAAUCUUCGUCAACUUCCACCCCUAAUCUUCACAGAGACAGCACAGUCAAAGAUGAGGACAGUGGCGAAGAGGGCGUCCCAAUAACAUGCAAAACGAACGAGAGUAGUCCUCCCUUCACACACACCCAAUCCCCCACGAUUGUGGUCAUCGCGAGCACAGAGACAGACGACAGUGCCAAAGAAGGAGAUGAUGGUGACGAAGAGGAAGACAGAGAAAAUCUGGCUCGAUUCAAGUCAUGGGGAACACCGGCGCUCCGCAACAAGCCGAGCAAGUUCUCCUCAGUCUAUUGGACGCAUUUGUCACUAAUGUUGCUAGGAUCUCGCCCACGCACUGUCAUACUCUCUGGUCUACCACGCGGUGCCGAUUUCACCCUCGUUCAGUCUCUCAUCCAUGGUGGUGCGAUUGAAUGUAUGAGACUCUCAUCACCUAAUGCUGAGCGAGUCACAAUCUCGGCGCAUGUCACUUUUACCUCUCCCGAUGCCUGUGAUCGCUAUUUCGAGGAGUAUCCCAACGGUAUGGAAGUCCGUUAUCAAGGCAAGAGGUGGUCUGUUCUCGUGCACAAGAAAGAGGAUGUGGACGUGAUUUCUGGAAUGCUACAGGGAUAUCUCGAUUGCGGAGCGACACGUGUGGUUAAGGUGAGCGGCGCAGACGACGACUGGGGGAUUCUUGCCUUGAAUAGACUUGCUGAAGGAAAGACUGGAGCACGUCAAGUCGAGGCUGUGCAGGAUACAUAUCACAAUGAGACCCGUACUAUCGUUUUCCGAUUCGCCAACAUCAGCCAUGCAGUCCAGUUCAAGGGCAUUCUUAUUCGAAGUGACGAUUGGGAAGGAUGUCGUGUGGAGUUUGCAGAGGAUCCAUGCGAAAAGGCUACUGGAGUUCGCAAUGAUUGA